UUACCAUGGAAACGGUGUGAGAUCCUUCGUCAACUUUUAAUUGCUGCAUGUUAUGAAUAGUCCCACAAUAUUCCAAACUUCUUUUUAGUUUUCAGAACGAAGUGGUGAUUCCCUUAAUGCUGAUACAAUGAGCGAAACACAGCUUUCUUCCUCUAUGAAGGAGAAAGAUCAAAACGGCGGAGAAGAGCAAGAAGUGGUGGAAGAAGAACCAAUAGCUGGUGAAGAAGAUGAUGGCUUCGAUGAUACACAAGCCACUGCCGAGAAAGAAGGAAGAAAGAAUGCAGAGAAAACAGGUGGAAGAAACAGAAAUACACAUGAAUUAGACAAGAGAAGUAAGGAAUCCUCCAAGCCUGCUAGUUCCAGGACUUCAACUCACCUUGACAAAAAGUCACAGCACAUGUUGGCUGAGUUACGCAGACUGAAGAGGCAGAUGACUGAAUUUCAACGGUCAAUAGAUAGACCUCCACAGAAGGAAUUUACUCCUGAUAUUUUUAACAGCCUCUCGCCUUAUUACAACCGGUAUAUGGUAAAUAGCACAAUCCAAGAUCUACAGCAGCAGGAAGAAGUAGAGUGUUACAGAGGAUAUGGUCACAGACCUACAGCACUUGGAGUAGUAGAUCCAGAGGUCUCAUGGAAACUUGAUAAUUUUCCAAAUCCAGUCCCACAGUCAAGACUGCCUGGAAGGCUUUUCCUCUCAGCAGAAUGGAGUAGAAAUUUAUCACGGUCAAGUGACAAGGAAGGUAGUACCAGGCUCCCUCCUCUACCAAUGCCAAAUUUUCCAAAGUUCAACCAAUCACAUUAUCAACCACACAGGAUGACGUAUGACCAGGUGGCCAACUUCAGGAGUGACCUUAAUGACACUUACGAAGUUCUCGCCGAGAAGCAAGCAAAGGCAGAUUAUGAAAGAACACUCCAGGACUGGAAUCGAAUGAACUUGUCUGAACUGAAGAAACUUCCUCCCAACCCACGAUACCACAUCAAGAAAGCUAUCGUGUCUUAUCUCGGAACAUCCCGAGGGUCAAGCAGGGCUCUCAAACCGCUGACUAAAGAACUGAACGCUACCACUCCAACACCAAUUUCGCAACCGUAAAAGUUUAUCGAAGCCUUUAUUGCGUGUUAAAAUGAGCUUCACUCUUUCAGUCAGGGUAACAGGUACCAGCUAAAGCCCAAUUCUGGUCUUCCAUAUAAAAAGGACUCCUAUAUAAAUAGGAC